AUGCUCUUGAGCGUCGGUGUUGUGAAUAGGAUGUGAAAUCGCCGCUAACCCAGUUCGCGGCUGUAGUUUCUUGUCGGUAUAAAUAAAAAUCAUAACUAAAGUGUAAGCCGAAUGAAAUAAUUCAGAGAUGGCGGAACAACCGGCGAGUGACCAGUUGGCCAGCAAAGCGGUGGACUUUCAGGCGACGGCCGAGGCUUACUACAGUAUCGCCGUGGAGAAAGUGAAGGAUGUUGUAUCGUCACUGCCGGAUGACAUAAGACCUGGGCCAGACCUGUACGGUGUGCCAUGGGAACCAGUCAUCAUCACUGGUUUUGUGGGGCUGGUGAUAAUGCUGCUGUUCACCUGUAGAUGUUAUAGCUCUAUCAAAAGCAGAAUGUAUCGAAGGAAAGAGCGGUGGAUGGCUGAACAGGUUGCACAGCUGCUGGACGAGAAGUGUAAAGUCCUUGAGACUCUCAGUCAGAGUCAGCAAGAGUAUGAUGACCUGGAGAGUUCACUGAGGGACAGUGGUGUCUUGGCCCAGACUCAAAAGACAGAAGAGCUUGAGGCUAAAGCCAGACAGUUGGAACAUACUAAAAAGGAGCUGGAGAGGGAUCUGGAAGAACUGAAGGAUCAAGUGGACCAGCAGAAAGAACAUAGAAUAGAGCAAGAAAAGAGGAUAGCAGUACUUGAGGAGAACAUGAAAACAUUUGAAGAGGAAGCCAAAGACCUCCAGUCACAGGAAGAGCAGGCACAAACCACUCUUAAAGUGUACAGUAUGAACAGUGAGAGACUACAGAGGAAUCUGGAAACAUCGGGAGAGGAGAACACAGUACUGCAGGAGAGCAACGCUCAGUUAAGGCAGCAGCUGGAGGGGUGGGCAGAACGAGUGAGUGAGUUGGAGGCAGAAAUGAAGAGGUGUGAGGUGGCCCACAGCGGGAUGCUGCAGGAUGUGGCCAACAAGGACGAACGCAUAAUGUCUUUGACGGAUCGACUUCUGAAGAUGAAAGGUUGGGAUUCAGAUCUGGAGGAAGAGGACAGUGAGGAAGCAGGAGAGAAGGAGACAACCAAUGGAACGGCAGGAAAAGGAGAGAGGAAUGGAAAAUUGGACAAAUCAGACAAACAGGGCCAUCUCCAGAAAGUCCAGAAACUCAUUUAUGCUGCUAAGCUGAAUGCGGACCUCAAAUCAGUAGAUGAAGAUAAGGACAGAGUAUUUGCUAAACUGAAUGAUGAAGUCAAAGCUAAAGAAGACUUGCAAGAGGGCAUUAAGGAACUGGAGAAUGAGAAACUAUCUCUGCAGUCUGACACUGACCACUACUCUGAUCAGGUCCAACGAUUACAACAGAAGCUCCAGAUUAUGACAGAAAUGUAUCAGGAGAAUGAACUUAAGCUGCACAGACUGCUGACAGUGGAAGAGAAGGAGCGUCUGCAGAAAGAGGAGAAGUUAAAUAAAGCAGACAAAAAUAUUGCGAUGGCUAUGGAAGAACUUAACAACUACAGGCAACGUGCAGAAGAGAUGGAAGAAGAGUUGGAGAAAAGCAAACAGUCUUAUCAAACUCAAAUUUCAGCACAUGAGAAGAAGGCUCACAAUAACUGGCUGGCAGCCCGAGCAGCAGACAGAGAGCUGGCAGACAUCAGAAGAGAGAACGGCCUUCUCAGACAGAAACUGACGGAUACACAGUUUAAACUAGACGCCCUUGACAAAGAUCCGUAUGCCUUGAACAGCUUGGCUAGACCACUGCCUUUCAGAGCUGAAAGGUCCCCGUACGGUCCUUCUCCUCUGGGUCGACCCGCAUCUGAAACCAGACCUUUCCUCUCUCCUCCUACGUUGAUGGAUGGACCACCUGCCAGACUGUCUCCUAGAGUGUCUCGUGGUCCAGGGGAGCCCCCAGGUGGCCAAGGGGAGAUGGAGCGCACUGCAGGUCCUCAUUCUGACAGCGGCUCAAUCUCUCCUACAUGGGAGAGAGAUCGCAGGGGACCUCCACCAGGACCCCCAGGCUAUAUGUUUCCAGAAGCAGGGGGUCCCAUGUACAGGAGACCUCCACCUCCUCCAGGAGCUCUGGGCAUGAUGCCUCCUCCUGGCCCUCUCCAUCCUCGGGGUCUCCCCCCAGGAGCCCCUCAGCCUCUUGACAUGGCAGAUGGCUCAUACAGAGAAAACAGCUUUGGACCUGCUGAACUAGAACAUAGAGAGUCUGGUCCUGGUGAUCGGAGGAGUCCCCCUGAAGCAGGUCCAAGGAUAGGUGGCCCACCCCCUCCUGGACCCCCAAUGGGUCCCAUGGAUGGACCCUUUCCUCGUAGAGCCCCUUAUGGACCCCCACCCCCACCUGAUUUCUACCCCCCCAGGGGACCAGGGGGGGCUCCUAUGAUACCCAUGUGGGCGCCCCCUCAUCCAGGAAUGAUGUUACCUCCUCGUUUCCCACCUGGCGGACCUCCCCCUCCUCCUGCUCCUCACCCUCACAUGCCCUCCUACGGCCCCCCCAUGCGACCCCCUCCUCCAGACGCUCUCCCACCAUCUUCCAUGGGCCCUCCCCCUCCUCAGCAGUCCCUCCCUUCCCCACCACACAGCCAGUCGCCUGAGGAGAACACACCCUCGCCUGAAGACGCCAUUUGAGCCUGACAAAGUUUCUUCUUCAGUUGUGAGAUGAUGUAUUUUUGGUUAAAAUUUAACUCAAUCCUAGAUGGAUGCAAGGGCAGGUUUCUGCUUUCCCCAUUUUUUUCUGUAACAUCUAUUUAUUCACCAAGAGAAUAUAUUUCAUGAAUAGUGGUAGAAGAGGGGGGAAAAAAUCAGCAUUCAUCUACCUGUUUUUUUUUUUGCCGUAUGUCUGCUUCAACUCUAAUUUUCCACCAAUCUCAUGCUGUCUGCUCUUUGUUCUGCCUUCUUUCUCCAUGUUACUCACUCUCUCUGCCCAUCCUCAUUCAGCUACAUCCCGUUUGAGAUCAUAGUAAGAAAUUACGCUCUAGUACUGCUGUUAGCUUAUCAACGCCAGAAAACGUCCAAAUGUUUAUCAUGGAGCAGCAUCAAUCAACAUACACCCCAAUGACAGAGAAAUUUAAAUGAUCACAGACUGUCACUGCAACAAUACAUCUUUUAGCCUUGAAAUAGUACAUUUUGUUGUACCAACGCUCUUGUCAUUGUCACAAAAAAAAAAUGUAACCAUUUAGCAUCUAUUGUCGUUGACCUGAAUUGGACUAUACUUCAAUCAGAUCACAUCAAAUUUUCUUUUGUCUCUUCAAAGGGAGAGCUUGCCUGAAAAUAAAACUGAAGUGCACAACUGAAUUUUACUAACUUCCCAGUGGGAUUUGGGAGACUUUGUCUUCACCAACAAAGCUAUGAUUUCAAGAACAGCAAGCAAACAUUUCUUUUGAUCGUGUUACAGUGACUUACGAAUGACCUAAGCUUGAAAAAAGUGGCUUAUAAUAGCUGCUUCAUUGAAGAAAGCUGUGACUCAUCCUGAUAGUCACAGACCGGUGACUGGAAGAGAUGCUACUUUCAGAGUCAAGGAGAUGACACCCAUGUGAAUUUUGUAAAAAAAAAAAAACAAACAAUUAUUGAUAAAUGAAUAAAGACUCUAAAAUUGUCAAUGUCUCCAUAUGAUUUACUCAUGUAAUAAUGUUGAAGUUGUGCAUAAAGUUGUAAUAUCAAACCUGUCAGUGGCCACUGGGAGUAACAGAGCAUUUAUUGUAUUAUAGUGUGCAUAAGACACACAAUGGAAAUGUUUAAAAUAUAAUACAUCUGUAAUUGAAUAUUCCAAAUAUACUUUUGUUUAUUGUAACCUUGAUUGUACAGUGUAGUUCAUAUGUAAUGAUUUUUACCUGACCAAACUCUUGUGAUGUGUCAUUUGAAACAUUUACAGAAUAUUUAUUUAAAAGUGCGUAGAAUACUUUGAAAAUAAAUUUUCACAAUGCAGUUUGAAUAA